GCUUUGAAGUGUGGAGCAGGAAAGGAGCCGUUUCUGAGCUGCAAAAACUAGUUUCUAAACAGAGAAUUGUUACAGCCAGUAUGGCCACAGGAGGAGGUCCUUUUGAAGACAGCAUGAAUGAUCCGGAUUUACCAAACUGGAGCAAUGAAAGUGUUGAUGACCGACUCAACAAUAUGGAUUGGAGUGGCCAACAGAAGAAAGCAAAUAGAUCAUCAGAAAAGAAUAAGAAAAAGUUUGGUGUAGAAAGUGAUAAAAGGGUAACUAAUGAUAUUUCUCCGGAGUCAUCACCAGGAGUUGGAAGGCGAAGAACAAAGACUCCACAUACGUUUCCACACAGUAGAUAUAUGACUCAGAUGUCUGUCCCAGAGCAGGCAGAAUUAGAGAAACUUAAACAGCGGAUAAACUUCAGUGAUUUAGAUCAGAUUGUAAGCAGGCUUGUUCAAAUUCGUGAUUAUAUUACUAAAGCAAGUUCCAUGCGAGAAGAUCUUGUGGAGAAAAAUGAAAGAUCUGCUAAUGUUGAGCGCCUUACUCAUCUAAUAGAUCAUCUUAAAGAACAAGAAAAGUCAUAUAUGAAAUUUCUCCAAAAAAUCCUAGCCAGAGAUCCUCAGCAAGAGCCUAUGGAAGAGAUAGAAAAUUUGAAGAAACAACAUGAUUUAUUAAAAAGGAUGUUACAACAGCAGGAGCAACUGAGAGCUCUGCAGGGACGACAAGCUGCUCUUCUAGCUUUGCAGCAUAAAGCAGAGCAAGCUAUUGCUGUGAUGGAUGAUUCUGUUGUUGCAGAAACUACAGGUAGCUUAUCUGGAGUUAGUAUCACAUCAGAACUAAAUGAAGAAUUGAAUGAUUUAAUUCAACGCUUUCAUAAUCAGCUUCGUGAUUCUCAGCCUCCAGCUGUUCCAGACAAUAGAAGACAGGCAGAAAGUCUUUCAUUAACUAGGGAGGUUUCCCAGAGCAGGAAUCCAUCAGUUUCAGAACAUAUACCUGAUGAGAAAGUCCAACUUUUUAGCAAAAUGAGAGUGUUACAGGAAAAGAAACAAAAAAUGGACAAAUUGCUUGGAGAACUUCAUACGCUUCGAGAUCAGCAUCUAAAUAAUUCAUCAUUUGUGCCUUCUUCAGCCUCCCCACAAAGGAGUGUGGAUCAGAGAAGUACAACUUCAGCUCCCUCUGCUCCUGUAGGCUUGGCCCCCGUUGUCAAUGGAGAGUCCAAUAGCCUCAUGUCAUCUGUUCCUUAUCCUGCUGCUUCUCUAGUCUCUCAGAAUGAGAAUGAAAAUGAAGGCCAUCUAAAGUCAACUGAAAAACUCCAGAAGUUAAAUGAAGUUCGAAAGAGAUUGAAUGAGCUAAGAGAAUUAGUUCAUUAUUAUGAACAAACAUCAGAUAUGAUGACAGAUGCUGUAAAUGAAAACACGAAAGACGAAGAAACUGAAGAAUCAGAAUAUGAUUCUGAGCGUGAAAAUUGUGAACCUAUUACUAACAUUCGAAAUCCACAAGUAGCUGCCACCUGGAAUGAAGUAAAUAGUAAUAGUAACGCACAUUGUGCUUCUAAUAAUAGAGAUGGGAGAUCAGUGAAUUCUAAUUGUGAAAUUAACAACAGGUCUGCUGCUAACAUAAGGGCUCUAAACAUGCCUCCUCCUUUAGAUUGUCGAUAUAAUAGAGAAGGAGAACAGGGGAUUCCUGUUGCCCAAGGAGAAGAUGAUGAGGAAGAGGAGGAAGAAGCAGAAGAGGAGGGAGCUAGUGGAGCUUCAUUAUCUAGUCAUAGAAGCAGUCUGGUUGAUGAGGCUCCAGAAGAUGCUGAAUUUGAACAGAAGAUCAAUAGACUUAUGGCUGCGAAACAGAAACUUAGACAGUUACAAGAUCUUGUUGCUAUGGUACAGGAUGAUGAUACAACUGAAGGAGUUAUAUCUGCCAAUACUUCAAAUUUGGAUGAUUUCUACCCAGCUGAAGAAGACACCAAACAAAAUUCAAAUAAUACUAGAGGAAAUGCCAAUAAAACACAGAAGGAUGCUGGAAUAAAUGAAAAGGCAAGAGAGAAAUUUUACGAGGCUAAACUACAGCAGCAACAGAAAGAGCUAAAACAAUUACAGAAAGAAAGAAGGAAACUGAUUGAGAUUCAAGAGAAAAUUCAAGCAUUGCAAAAGGCAUGUCCUGACCUACAGCUGUCAGCUGCUAGUGUGGGUAAUUGUCCCACAAAAAAAUAUACGCCAGCUGUUACUUCAACCCCAACUGUUAAUGAAAAUGAGACCAGUACAAGCAAAUCUGUUUUUGAGCCAGAAGAUUCUUCAGUAGUAGAUAAUGAGUUGUGGUCGGAAAUGCGAAGACACGAAAUGUUAAGGGAAGAGCUGCGUCAGAGAAGAAAGCAGCUUGAAGCUCUGAUGGCUGAACAUCAGAGGAGGCAAGGUCUAGCAGAAACUACAUCUCCAGUGGCUGUGUCAUUGAGAAGCAAUGGAUCUGAGAAUUUGUGUACUCCUCAACAAAGCAGAACAGAAAAAACAAUGGCAACUUGGGGAGGUUCUACCCAGUGUGCACUAGAUGAAGAAGGAGAUGAAGAUGGUUACCUUUCUGAAGGAAUUGUUCAGACAGAUGAAGAGGAGGAAGAAGAACAAGAUGCCAGUUCCAAUGAUAACUUUUCUACAUAUCCUUCUAACAGUGUGACUCAUAACUCCUAUAAUAUAAAGGAAACUAAAAAUAGGUGGAAGAACAAUCGCCGUUUUUCAACAGAUGAAAAUUACCGUCCUUUAGCCAAGACAAGGCAACAGAAUAUCAGCAUGCAACGACAAGAAAACCUUCGUUGGAUGUCAGAGCUCUCUUAUGUAGAAGAGAAAGAACAAUGGCAAGAACAGAUCAAUCAGCUAAGGAAACAGCUUGAUUUCAGUGUCAAUAUUUGUCAGACUUUGAUGCAAGACCAGCAGACUCUGUCUUGUCUGCUACAAACUCUUCUCACGGGUCCUUACAGUGUUAUGCCCAGCAAUGUAGCAUCUCCUCAAGUACACCUUAUAAUGCACCAGUUGAACCAGUGCUAUACUCAGCUAACAUGGCAACAGAAUAAUGUUCAGAGGUUGAAACAAAUGCUAAAUGAACUUAUGCACCAACAAAAUCGGUGUACAGAAAAACCUGGAAGCAAGGAAAGAGGCAGUAGUGGAUCACAUCCUCCUUCUCCCAGUUUAUUUUGUCCUUUCAGCUUUCCAACACAGCCUGUAAAUCUGUUUAAUCUACCUGGAUUUACUAACUUUUCAUCAUUUGCACCAGGUAUGAAUUUCAGCCCUUUAUUUCCUUCUAAUUUUGGAGAUUUUUCUCAGAAUAUCUCUACACCCAGUGAACAGCAGCAACCAUUAGUCCAAAAUUCUUCUGGGAAAACAGAAUAUAUGGCUUUUCCAAAACCUUUUGAAAGCAGUUCCUCUGUUGGAGCAGAAAAACCAAGGAAUCAAAAAUUGCCUGAAGAGGAUGUAGAAAGUAGUAGGACACCAUGGUUAUAUGACCAGGAAGGCGAAGUAGAAAAACCACUUAUUAAGACUGGAUUUGCAGUGUCUGUAGAGAAAACUGCAAAUGGUAACCGCAAAAAUCAAUUAGAUACAAGCAGGAGAAGACGCCAGUUUGAUGAAGAAUCAUUAGAAAGUUUUAGCAGUAUGCCUGAUCCGGUAGAUCCAGCAACAGUAACUAAAACUUUCAAGACAAGAAAAGCAUCUGCGCAGGCCAGCCUGGCAUCUAAAGAUAAAACUCCCAAGUCAAAGAGUAAGAAGAGGAUUUCUACUCAGCUGAAAAGCAGAGGUAAAAAUAUUGGAUAUGAAAGUGCCAGUAUGUCUAGCACAUGUGAACCUUGCAAAAGUAGGAACAGACAUUCAGCCCAGACUGAAGAGCCUGUUCAAGCAAAAGUAUUCAGCAGAAAGAAUCAUGAACAGCUGGAAAAAAUAAUAAAACAUAGUAGGUCUACAGAAAUAUCUUCAGAAACUGGGAGUGAUUUUUCCAUGUUCGAAGCUUUGCGGGAUACUAUUUAUUCUGAAGUAGCUACAUUAAUUUCUCAAAAUGAAUCUCGUCCACAUUUUCUUAUUGAACUCUUCCAUGAGCUUCAGCUACUUAAUACAGACUACUUGAGACAGAGGGCUUUAUAUGCAUUACAGGACAUAGUAUCCAGACAUAUUUCUGAGAGCCAUGACAAAGAAGGAGAAAAUGUAAAGUCAGUGAACUCUGGUACUUGGAUAGCAUCAAACUCAGAACUUACUCCCAGUGAGAGCCUUGCUACUACUGAUGAUGAAACUUUUGAGAAGAACUUUGAAAGAGAAACAAAUAAAAUAAGUGAACAAAAUGAUGCUGAUAACACUAGUGUCAUGUCUGUAUCUUCAAAUUUCGAGCCUUUUGCAACAGACGAUCUAGGUAACACUGUGAUUCACUUAGAUCAAGCAUUAGCCAGAAUGCGAGAAUAUGAGCGUAUGAAAACUGAAGCUGAAAGUAACUCAAAUAUGAGAUGCACCUGCAAGAUUAUUGAGGAUGAAGAUGGUGCUACUGCCACUACAGUUAAUAAUUUAGAAGAAACUCCUGUUAUUGAAAAUCAUAGUUCACAACCACCUAUAAGUGAAGUUUCUACUGUCCCAUGUCCUAGAAUUGAUACUCAGCAGCUGGACCGGCAAAUUAAAGCAAUUAUGAAAGAAGUUAUUCCUUUUUUGAAGGAGCACAUGGAUGAAGUAUGCUCUUCUCAACUUUUAACUUCAGUAAGACGCAUGGUUUUGACCCUUACCCAGCAAAAUGAUGAGAGCAAAGAGUUUGUAAAGUUCUUUCAUAAACAACUUGGAAGUAUAUUACAGGAUUCACUGGCAAAAUUUGCUGGCAGAAAACUGAAAGACUGUGGAGAAGAUCUUCUUGUAGAGAUAUCUGAAGUGUUGUUUAAUGAGUUGGCUUUCUUUAAGCUCAUGCAAGAUUUGGAUAAUAAUAGUGUAACUGUUAAGCAGAGAUGCAAAAGGAAAAUAGAAGCAGCUGGAGUGAUACAGUCUUAUGCCAAAGAGAGAUCUGAUAUUUCUGAUCAAGAGGAAGAUGAAGAAAGUGAAGGAUGCCCAGUGUCUAUUAAUUUGUCUAAAGCUGAAACUCAGGCUUUAACUAAUUAUGGAAGUGGAGAAGAUGAGAAUGAGGAUGAAGAAAUAGAAGAAUUUGAAGAGGGCCCUGUGGAUGUCCAGACUUCACUGCAAGCUAACACUGAAACUACAGAAGAAACUGAACAUGACGAUCAGGUUCUACAACAUGACUUUGAAAAAACAGCAGAAAGCAAAAAUGUCCCAUCAGAACAAGAACUCACUAGUAAAGAUGACCAAGAUAGCUCUCCUGUGAAACCGUGUUACCUCAAUAUCUUGGAAAAUGAGCAACCUUUAAAUAGCACUGCCCAUAAGGACUCGCUUACUACUAUCGAUUCAUCUAAACAGCCUAACCCUUUGCCAUUACCUUUUACUGAAAUUGAAACCUUAGUGCCUAGAGUCAAAGAAGUUAAGUCUGCUCAGGAAACUCCUGAAAGUUCUCUGGCUGGAAGUCCUGAUACUGAAUCUCCAGUGCUAGUAAAUGACUAUGAAGCAGAAUCUGGUAACAUAAGUCAGAAGUCUGAUGAAGAAGAUUUUGUAAAACUUGAAGAUUUACCACUUAAAUUGACAAUAUAUUCAGAGGCAGAUCUAAGGAAGAAAAUGGUAGAGGAAGAACAGAAAAACCAUUUAUCUGGUGAAAUAUGUGAAAUGCAGACUGAAGAAUUAGCUGGAAAUUCUCAGACACUAAAAGAACCUGAAACAGUGGGAGCCCAAACUAUAUGAGAUAUCUUCAGAGGCUCAUCUAACUCUCUUUCUUUACAUAGUCAAUGCAUAUUUGAAAAUGAUACUAAAUAAACAUCUGUUUUGAUCUGUAUAAAAAUGUAAA